UAUUAUCUUCUUAAGUCCUAUGAACAAAAUUAAUGUGAAAUUAAAUUUAGAGUUUGAAGAUCGUGAUUGCAAAGUCAAUGCGCAUUUUGGAAUUGCAAACACGUUCCGUGUGCUAUUUUCUACUUGCUUUUCUCUAUUUAUACAUUUCAUAUGGAGUUGGAUGACGUAACGGUUGUGUAUAAAUGAAGAAGUAGACUGCUACAAGAUCAGCAAAUAGCUCCAGAAUCCGACAAGAGCAGUCAUGUUUCGUGCAGUAUUCCUUCUCACUCUCCUGGCUUGUGCCUUAGCCGACUCUGAUAACGGAUGUUAUGGAGGUGACUGUUACACUACUUAUGGGGGAUGCACUGGCCAUGGUUGCAAUUACGGAAUCACCCGUCGUGGAAACGGAGGCGUAAGCAGUACCAUGAUUUCAACAGGUGGUGGUCCUGGAAGCUCUUUCUUCGGAUUUGGAGGACCGGCAUCUGCCGCAUCUGGAUCAGCAGCGGCUGGACCAGGUGGGGCUGCCUCAGCAAGUUCUGCUGCCGGUGGAAUUUUCGGUGGAUCUGCUGCUUCUUCCGCUGCUGCCACCGGAGGAGCCGGUUUCUUUUCUGGGGCCCCCAACUAUUUUGGCGACGAUUUCGGUAUCAAUGGAUUUCAAAGCUUCCAAAACUUCGGGAACGGAGGUAGUGCCGCAGCUAGUGCUGCAGCUGCUGGUGGAUCAGCUGCUGCAGCUGCUUCCGCGGCAGCCGGUAACGCAGCAGCAGCCGCUGCUGCCGCUGCAGCUGGUAGAGCAGCCUCUGCAGCUUCUGCAGCCUCAGGAUCAAGACCUUCUUUUGGAUUCCCUGGAGGAUUUCCAGGAGGAUUCCCUGGAGGUUUCCCAGGAGGAUUCCCUGGAGGUUUCCCAGGAGGAUUCCCUGGAGGUUUUCCAGGAGGAUUCCCUGGAGGUUUCCCAGGAGGAUUCCCUGGAAGUUUCCCAGGAGGAUUCCCUGGAGGUUUUCCAGGGGGAUUCCCUACAUUCCCAGGUGGAUUCCCUGGAGGAUUCCCAACAUUCCCAAGAAGAUUUCCAACAUUCCCAAGAAGAUUCCCAACAUUCCCAGGUCCCUAUAGUCGCCGUGUCUAUCCAUCUAUCUACAGACCCCAGAGUCACAAACGAAAGGUAUAUUAAGAAACCCUUAGCAGACAGUCCACAUCCGAACAACGAUUAGCAAUUUUAACAGUAUUAUUGUAAAUAAAUAUUUUAUACGGCAUUUAAAA